AAGCAGCAUCCUAAGGCUUCCAUCCUCUUGCUCGAGCCACCAUUACUCGACUACCGAUCAUUAAUAUUCACGUUUUUCGCUGGGUUAGAUAUAGGCGUGAGCCACAACGUGCCUGUAAGUUAUCGUCUAACUCGUACAACAACAGAUGACAGCAACAUCCGAUAAUAACGAUAAUAGAUGCUAGUACUUUCGCGCAUACCCUUUUUAUCGAGCAUCUUCGACUGUUGAACUAGCGCAACAAGCAAAUCCAAAACUCCCUUACGUACGCCUUGUGGUCAGCACAUUUGAAAUGCUUAUCAACGAGUUGGCCCGAGACUUGGCUGCACACGAAGAUCCGGCCAUUAAACUACCGUGCUAUCGCAUCGUCCAGCGAGUGGAUCCAUCCAUGGUUGAAAAUGGAGCAAUCGGAUGCCGUCGUGUGUUCCCUAUCCAGUACAGCAGCCUGCGUAACGAGCAAAACCUUAAAGUCCUCCUAGGAGUAGAAUCCAUUACUUGGCUUGGCAACACCAGAGAUCGACGUCUUGCUGUCCAAAUCAAUAUCCAAAACCAGGGAAACUCACUUCACCAAUGUUUUUAUGCAUUUCGUCGCACCAGUGUGGAUGAAGACAGCUGUGCGCUGUGGACAUUUGAUCUUGCCGAAGAGUUUGACGGUGACCCUUCGUCCGAUCCAACCAGUGCUAUUGAAAUCCUAGUUGGCUUUGCACACGCAUCGUCCGCAACAACAUCUUGUUCUUCUUCCGUACAGCAACAUCAUGACAAGGCCGAAUUCUUUGAAACUGCCACAUCCUUUAAAGUAUUGCCUCUCACCCAGGUAUCUGAAGGCUGGGUUGGGCUAGAAAUCCAACAGACGGUGUAUAACGACAGCAAACAUCAUUUGAUGCACUGGGGAUACGAAAUCAUUCAGCGUGUUUUCGACAGCUUGAAUUCAGAUGGGAUUGUGGAUAUCCAUUCGGAUACUGCAUCAGUUAAUACGAUUCCACAGUCGCCUGGUCUUUCACCGACAACUGCGACAACGACGGAACAAGAGCCGCUUACACCGACUACUACAACAUCGACACGCCACUCGAAUAUGUUUCCACAUUAUGCACGUGUGCAUCGGCCGACAGUAGAUCAUCUUGUGGUCAAGGACGACGGUCCUAAUGCAUACUUUAACAAUAAAGACAACGACGAUCAACAACAUCGCUUACCAUCGUAUCUGUCCCGCAUAUGGAACCUCGUUUUCGUCGAACAACAGCACGCCAAGCACAACGUAUCGCAAUUACUGGCUGACCCAUCCAUGGCAGAGAAGCAACAUCCGUUUUCAGCAACAUUUGCUCGGUUAUUACAAAGUCGUGCCACUUGCUUUCAACAAAACAAUCAAGAUGACCAUCCUGCCAUCUUGCGAUCGACGACAGUGGUACAAUCUCGCGAGCUCCAUCGUCAUCAACCAUCUGGACAACAACAACAACAACAACAACAAGAUCAAGUAAUCGUGGACGAUGAAGAAGAAGAGGAGGAAAACGAUGGUCGGCGUUCGUCCUACGGAUCUUUGAGCGAUUUAGAAGGCAAUUAUUAUUCUUCUGACCCAUACAAUUUGAACAGUGCCGAUGAAGAUGAGGAAGAAGAAGUGGAAAGAGGAGGAGAGCAACUGGAUAAUGAUGCCUGCGACGAGGAUCGAUUGGUGGACAUGUCUACAGAUGAAGAAGAUCAUGACCAGAGAUAUCAUCAUCCAGAAUAUGAUGAUGCUAAUGACGACAAGAAAGAACUCGAGUUGGAUACACAAGAAGAGGAACUUUACGAAGAUCAACAAAAGUAUACAGAGCAGCAACAGCAUUCGGGACGGGAGAAUGGAGAAGGACAAUACCUACAAGACAACGAGGUGGAGCAGCAAAACCAAGCAGAAAUCGAGGGUAUGAUAAACACCCAGCAAGCUAGCGACAUACAAGAAGACGCGGCUAUGGAAUUUCAUCAACAGCAUCAACAAGUGUCGGCUGAUGAAGAAGAAGAAGAAGAGGAGGACGAUAAUAUCACAGUAAAAGAGUCGAAUGACUCAAAACCUGUGCAACCGGAGCAUGAUGACACUGUUGCACCAGCCAUCGACGAGGCACAAUCUGUCAAGGAUACGCCAGACGCUAACCAAGAAAUGAUCGACGACGAGCUGGAUGCGGUCAUUGAAGGCCUAUCCUCUCCUUCUCCACAACAACCUUUAAAUACAGCAUCGGAACCAUAUUUCUACGAAGCAAAAGACGAAGUAGCAGUAACACAAGAGGAACAAGAGACAGGAGCAGUCGCUGCCAGGGAGGACGGAACGGACGAACAGUUCUCGGAUGCCCCUGCUCAGGAGACUGAUAUAACGACACCAACGGAAAAAGAAGAAGAAGAAGAAGAAACACCCACACCUCCAAGCACUGCUGCAGAAGAUAAAGAAGAGCUGGAAGUAGCAGAAGAAGAGCAACAGCCCAUGUCUAAUAGCAAGAAAAAGAGAAAGGCGAAAAAAGCAAAGAAGAGGGCAUAA